CUGACUUGUCUCUUUCGUGUACAAUUUUUUUUUGCAACUCUAUGACAAGAAUAUUAAACAUUAAAAAUCCCAACUCUGCCGUUUUGUUUUUGUUAGUUUAAAAUUUUUUGCCUGUUGAGCUAGAGAUUUAAAAUGAAAAUUAUAUUAAAAAAUACACGUAAAGAAGUGGAAAUAUAUAAAAGCGCCGCCGACUACAAUGGAGAGCAAGAUAAAGCAGAAGAUAAACUUGAUACAAAACCCAUGAUUUUACAGGAAGAUGAUUUUUGGACAUAUUUAGAUAUGAAUGCUAAUAAUAUUCAAAUAUUAACACUUGAAACUGAAACUUCUUGUGAAGAAUUUCUGAUGGAUGUAAUAAGUUGUGAGACAUUUUAUUGUAAUUUUCACAAUAAGGUAUUGAAGAAUUUAAAACACCUAAGGAAAUUAAAAGUGAUGUCAACGAAUAUGUUUCGCUUUACUAAUGAAUUUUUUAAUACACUCAAUAACUCUUGUACUGAACUGGAAAGUCUGAGCUUAUAUUAUUGUAAUGUAAAGGAAUUUACACCGGUUUCUACAUUAAAGGAACUAGAAUUGAAGCACUGCAAUGGUUUUACUUGGAAUAAUUUUCAAACAAUAUUAGGUGAAAUGAAUUUAAAAGCUAUUACUUCCUAUGCUACUCGUUAUAAGGGUAAAGUCGAAUACUUUGAAAUUGUCUCAAAUUUGGAACAUAUAAGUUUGCAUUACAACAUCGUCAACAAUAUUAAAAUCUUAUUCCGCAAAAAUCAGGAAAAACUUAAAAAUCUUAAAACAUUAGAUUGGGCUCUUGAUUUUACUAAACAUUUAUGGAUUAAUGCCACAAACUGUCCAAAUCUUGAAACUUUAACAGUGAAACCUCGAAAUUUAUUAUUUGAAAACUUACCGGGUUUUAUGUAUUUAAAAACAUUAAACUUAAAUGUAUAUAAUGAUUUCUUUGAUUCGGAUAUAGUUCAUGUUAUAAAACAUUCAACAAUAAAGAAUUUCACUAUUAAUAUGGCAAAUUAUAAUUGGUUGAUUGAUAUGUAUGAAUAUAAUAAAAGUUAUGAUACUGAAUGGGCAAAUUUGAAAACAGAUCUGUUGCAUAUACAACUUAAUUAUGAUAAAACAUUAUCGCCCAUUUUGCAUAAUUGGUAUAAAUUAUUGGAGAAUAAUCAUAAAUUAACUCUCAAACUGAAAUUUGGCAAUUUAAUUGAUAGACCUGCUUUGGAAGAGAUUCUAGGUAAUCAAAGUUUUCCAAAACGUUUAAAAUCAAUCAACAUAUGUGGCGAAAUUAUUGAUUGCAGUGAACUUAAGAGUAAUUAUUCUACUGUGAUUGAAAAAGCGACAAUUAUAAUACAAAACAAUAAACUGAAUGAAAAUAAUCAAUAUAUUUUAUUAUAAAAUUAUGUAUUUAGUUUCGAAAACUAAUAUCCCUGAAUAAAAAUAAUCAAUAUAUUUUAUUAUAAAAUUAUGUAUUUAGUUUCGAAAACUAAUAUCCCUGAAUAAAAAUAAUCAAUAUAUUUUAUUAUAAAAUUAUGUAUUUAGUUUCAAAAACUAAUAUCCAUGUAGAAAAUAACAUAUUUGGUUGAUAAAAAUGUUAAUUAUAAAUUAACUAUUUUGCAAAUGACUACAAAUUGGUUUAAAUCUCAUGCAGAUAUCAACCAAACAUAUUGUUUAGAAAUAAACUUAAGAAAGAAAUAAAAAUUAAA